AACACAACCAUCUGUAUAUGUGCUUGGAAGAAAUCGAUCAUGAAUUAAGGCGCACGAAUCCGACAUACGGGCCCCACCCCCCAACCCUUUAAGUUUCUUUCUUUGCACUUCAUCCUCCUUCAUUUACAACUUUCUUCAACAAAUGGACGGUGAAACUCCGGCCGCCGGUGCUGGUGGUGGUGGGUCAAUGUUGAGCAAGUCUAAGAACAAAGGAAACAAUCAUAAUAAUGAUGAUGAUGGUCUUGAAUUGGGGUUGGGGUUGAGUAUUGGUGGUGGUUUGAAGGCAAAAGAAUGUUCUAGAAUCUUGACUGGUCAAUAUAUGCCUGAUUUGAAGUCUUCUUGUUCUUCUUCUUCAUCAUCUUCUUCUUCUGUUAACAUCUCUGCUUCUUCCAUUGUUGGUACCAAGAGAACUGCUGCUGUUCAUUCUGUCUCUCCUCCAAAUGCUACCAGUGUGGUUGGAUGGCCCCCAAUAAGAAAGGCUCACCGGGUGACAAUCUUGGCUAACCGCAUCAAAUCAGAACACGAGGACUUCAGCUCUAGACCCGAAACCGACAACAUAACCAACAGUCAUCAUUUAACUGUAAAGGUGAAUAUGGAUGGAACCCUGAUUGGAAGAAAAGUUGACCUUUAUGCCCACACCUCCUAUGAAACAUUAGCUCAUACCUUGGAGAACAUGUUUUAUGGAAGAUGUUCUUCAAGAUUGUUGAAUGGAACAUCUGAGUUUGUGCUCACUUAUGAAGAUAAAGAUGGAGACUGUAUGCUUGUUGGAGACGUACCUUGGCAGAUGUUUCUUAGCUCGGUGAAAAGGCUGCGGAUCCUUAGAAACCCCAAAACGUAGCAUUAAGGUUUCAAGAAAACAGGAGUCACCGAGGCAGAUAUACGAUGUUAUACAGAUUAACGGAUAGUUUGUGUUAGUUUUUUUGUUUUUUUUUUGGGUUGUUUUAAGUUCCUUAAUGUUGGUCGUUUAUUAUUUGUUUGUUUUUUUAUAUAGUUUAUUAUCACCAGGAUCAGCUUUGAACAAGCAUUUGAGCUGUUGGUGCUAGCAUACAGCUAGACUGAUUGUUUGGUUUCUUUGAGAUUUUGUGGUAAUUUGGAUUGAAAUACACAAGUUUGUAUGGUUUGAAUUUUCUUAUUUUUUGAUAA